AUGGUAACCACAACAACAAGGAAGGGAAGUGACGACCUCAUCGUCGUCCCCAUAUUUUUCCUGCCGAAGAUACCUGAUAUCCCCAAUCCCCCUCUUGUGCCGGUUAUCUGUUUUGGGUGCUUUCCAAACAUCCAAUUUCCCCCCAAAGUCAAAGUUACUCUCAAAGUACCCCAGUUUUGUGUUCAGAUCUUCGGGCUCAAGAUUGGAAACUGUCCCUCGGGCGAAAAGGAAAAGGGUGGCGGUGGCGGGGAUAAUAACGACGACGAAAAAAAGCCCGAUGAACCCGAGAAUACGGCCUCUUCUCAAUCGAAGACGUCGUCAUCUUCGUCAUCUUCGUCAUCUUCGUCAUGCACCGUCACCGUCACCGCUACUCAUGGGACGGUAUACUGCUCCGUCACACAAGCUGUUACCCAGGGGACUCACACCCACACAAGUGCCAGCACGACAUGCUUGACGAGCGCCUAUAGCAAAGUCACCGGUUGCAGCGUACUCAACUCCGUAACCACGAUCACCAGCACCGCGGCCUUUACUGAAUUCCCGCAUCCCACUUGCGGGCCUGAACUAUGCGCCGGGGCAUGCUCCGCCCCGAAUGCGACGCCGGCUUCCGAGGUGGCCCCCAGAAUGCUGGAGAGGCGUGGCAAUCCGGGUGAGGGCGAGUGGCCCGACCCCGAGGACUACGAGGGCGGCUACGAGGAAUUCAUGCCAGCACAAGUACGCGAUGCGCGCAAAGCACAUUUCGGGCCUGAUGAGGAACGCCCAGGUGGUUACAAGCCUAAGCUCCUCGAACUUCCCCCGAGAAGACCGCAGCAAUAUAACAUAGCUACACAAUGGGUUUUGUUCAAGGACAAGGUAGAGUCACUAGCUAUCGAAGGGCUCGCGGGCUGCACGGCGAUCGUCGUGGUAUCCAAUCGCGGGGCUUGGGCCGCCUGGUUCUGGGAGGCAAUCUUAUACAAAGAUGAUCUUCUCGGGGAAGCGCUUGAACACUACCGUUACGGUUCGGAUCCAGAACACGAGCAGGAAAUGUCCAGGUUCAACAAGUACGGCCUCGAGAAUCUCAUGCAUGACCCUGGCGCCGGAGAACAUGGCGUCAUGUUUGGCGACAAGGACGAUCCCAACGAGAAUGGCUCGGGUCUCAAUAUCCAGGUGUUCAUAGUCUCACCUCGACCACGACCACCUUACCACAGCGCACUAGGCCAACGGCUUCCCGACGAAGUUGUUCAGAGUCUCGAUAUCAACGACAACAUCUGGAGGUUCGGAACAGCGCUCCGCAGGAUCGGCGCCGAUCUGCGAGAGAUAUUCAGGCCCCAUGUUAACCCUCCGAUCCGGUGGUCAGAUUAUCCCCCGCGCAUGUUGCCGUGGUCCAAAUACGCUCAAUUAGUAGCUGGCACUCGGGUCCUUGAGGAUUUCAGAGACGAACUCGCCGACGUGAAUUGCGAGAGCUACCGUGGAAAGGUGCUCCUACAGUACAAACCGGCCAAAGGCUGCGAUGGCAAAGCCGAAUGGCGUAUUUGGAGCGAUAUUAGCUUGGAUAUCGGCGAAGCGGAAUGGACGCCGGAGGAUGGCCAAGUAUGGAAAGGUUCGGAUCCCCCGUCCGGACCAGCCCGCAGGCAAUCUUGCCCGCGGCCGAAUCCCGACAUUGCCCACUCGGUCGACGCCAGCGGAUCGACGCACACUCUUACUGCCACGUCGUUCGGGUCAGGACCAUCGGGUACCUGGGGCAAUAAGACGCUGCCGCAUGUGACGAUGACACCGUCGUCUUCGCCCGCGAAGGUAACGCCUGGUGUGCCGGCAAAUUCAACGACAGGCACGAACGGGACUUUCAUGUCUGCCGGCUCUACGUUCUUUCCAGCGUCCUCAACGCCGUCCACCUCGAUGUCGAUGUCAAUAGGACGCAACGCGACGGGCUCAGGAACGGAGAUCUCCAUGUUAUCUACGACGAGUCACGAGUCCUCCUGGUCGGCGUCGGCAUCAACCCCUCCUAUAUCUAUCAACUUCACACUUACAGUCUCGCCCCGUACGUCAUCUUCAAACUCUGUGCCAUCGACUACAUCUGAGGAGUCCUCGACAACCGUAUCAUCGACUACUUCCAAGCCCUCAUCAACCUCUGUGCCAUCGACUACCUCUAAGCCCACAUCAACGUCCAAGCCAUCAACUACCUCCACCCCGUCCUCGACUUCCAAACCGUCGCCCACGACUUCCAAAGCACCCCCUCCUCCUCCUCCUCCCCCACCGCCCCCGCCACAAGCAUCCGAGGCAGUCUACAUCUACAUAGAGGACCGCAUCGGCGGAGAAGCCUUCGGGAUGCAGUCCAUGUGGACCAUGUUCCCCGCCAGAGUCGACGCCGAGUUCAAGGUCUGCGAGGCGGACGAGAUAUCCUGGAAAGUGUACAACGAUUUCAAGAGCGGCGAGGUCGGUGGAAAUAAGCUUCCCCCAAACAUGAAGGCCAAACGCGGCAAUAAGGUCUUUGGGCGGAAGAACUGCCAGUACAUUUCGCCUGGGAGUGAGGCUAGGAGCAAGGGCUCCGCCGGUGAAUUCUCUUGCGAUGGAGUUCAGAAGUUUGACUGCCGCAGAAGCUUCCUGGCACAUCAUGAGAUCAAGUGUGACGGCGACAUAACCAAAUCGGUCUGGUCCAUCGUGGAUUGCCUGAUUCCUCCUUAG